AUGAAGAAUAUCGCGGACGCUUGCGGUGCACGCCCACCAAAAGCAGACUUCUGUUCCGUUUUCGGCAGUUUACAGCACUGCACAAACCCCGAACUGCGAUUUAAGCACGUCAUCGCCGUGUGUUUUCGCUCCUUGGAAGAGGCCUUGGUAUGCCUGCGGACGUUGCUUCCAGAAACCACAGCAGACUCUAGGCUGGAUCAGCAAGCUUCUCUCCUCAUCCUCGUCAAGACUGCAUCUUCCGAUUCGCGUCUUGAAGUAAACUGGUCACGUUGGAAAGAAGGGUUGGAUUUGACGUGUGUGCUGCCGAGGAUCGCAGUCUUGGUGGAAGCCUCCGACCCUGUCGUCUUGCGGAGAAAGAGCGCCUUUUUCUACCAGGCACUGCGCCUCUCGGUGGAGCUCAUUGAGACGUUCGGCACUCAUUAG